AUGGAGCCAGUUCCAGUUCCUCCUGAGGAAAUACCGACAAUCGUUAAAGAAUUACGUGAGCAUUUCAAGACAAGAGUCUCAUUUGAUUUCAAAUGGAGAGAAGAUCAGCUUAAUGGCCUCCUCAAAUGCUUAGAUGAGCACAAAGAUGAUUGGGUUAAAGCAAUGUAUGAUGAUAUGGGAUCUCAUCAUUUCGAAGCAGAAUUACUUAUCGAAAACGUUAAGACUGAUAUUUCUCACACACUUAAAAAGUUCAAAUCUUGGUUAGCACCACAAUCAUGUUCAGUUGCAUGGGCACUUACUCCUGGAAGUGCAUCAAUCGUUCCAGAGCCAUAUGGUGUUGUUUGCGAUUUCAUUCCUUACAACUAUCCAAUGUAUCUCGGUUUCGCUACAUUAUGUCCAAUUUUAGCAGCUGGUAACGUUUGCUUAUUCAAGCCAUCAAGCAAUACACCACAUUGUGCUAAGCUUUACCAAACACUCUUCCCACAAUAUCUUGAUCCAAAGGGAGUUCGUGUUGUUUGUGGUCCAACAAGAAUUUGUGAUGUUAUUCUUGACCAAAGAUUCGAUUUCAUUUUCUACACAGGUUCACCAGCUGUCGCUAAAAAUGUAAUGCGUCAUGCAGCUGAACAUUUGACUCCAUGCCUCCUUGAAUUAGGCGGCAAGUCACCUGUGUACUUCGAUAAGAACUGCAGCUUAGCCAAAAGUGUCCGCCGCUUAAUUUGGGGCAAAAUUUUCAACGGUGGCCAAACCUGCGUUUGCCCAGAUUACGUCAUGGUUCACAAAGACAUCAUGGAACAGUUCAAGGCUGAAAUGGUCAAGGCCAUUAACGAGCUUUAUCCAAAUCCUGACACUGCUUACAAUGAUAACAUUACACACAUCAUUAGCAAGCAUCAUUUCGAUCGUCUUACAAAGCUUAUUGAUAAUUCCGGUGGAAAUAUCAUCAUAAAGGGCUUUCAAGAUCCAGAAAAAUUAUUUAUCGGACCAACAUUGAUAGAAAACCCAAGUAUGGAAGCGGAUAUCAUGACAACAGAAGUUUUUGGACCAGUCAUCCCAUUCUUCCCAGUUGAUAAUGAAGAUAAGGCCAUUGAAUUUAUUAAUGAGAGAGAAAAACCACUUGCAGCAUAUGUUUUCACAUCUGAUUGGAAUGUAUUCACUAAAUUCCAGCAGCAGACAUCUUCUGGCGCUCUUAUGCAGAACGAUGUUGUUUUCCACGUUUCCUCACCAUAUUCUCCAUUCGGAGGUGUCGGAAACUCCGGAAUGGGCCAGUACCAUGGCGAAAUUGGCGUCAAGACUCUUUCCCAUCUUAAACCUAUUUUGACUCAUUCAACAAUGGUAGAAAUACCAUUCAAGUUCCCACCAUAUUCUGAUAGAAAUCUUUCCAUCCUUAGAAAAUUUGCUUAA